AUUCAAAGAUAUCCGACCGAAACACUCUAAGUUCUUGUACCGACCGUAGUGCAGAUUCAUCCAGCAUGCAGAAAGGGAGAAAUGCAGUCUUGCAGUAGGAUGGACUUCAGCUGGCUCACUAUUUUACCAUUACUCAUAUCCUUGUGGUCUUUGGCCGAAGCUUCUCGCUGUUCAGUUGGUGAAUUACCUUUAGUGAGGAAUAUCAGUGAGCUACAUGAGGAUAACUAUGGGAGACCUGGUUUGUCUCACAUUACAGUUGCUGGUUCAUUGGCACAUGGAAUGAAGGAGGUUGAGGUAUGGUUGCAAACAUUUGCACCAGGUGCACACACACCUAUCCAUAGACACUCAUGCGAAGAGAUUUUUGUUGUCAUAAAGGGGAGUGGCACUCUAUAUCUUUCCUCCAAUUCACAUAUUAAGCACCCUGGAAAACCUCAAGAGAUUCUUAUCUUUGCAAAUAGCACAUUUCAUAUCCCAGUAAAUGAUGUUCACCAGAUCUGGAAUACAAAUGAAGAUGAUGAUCUACAAUAUCUUGCAAUUAUAUCAAGACCACCUGUCAAAGUGUUCAUAUACGAUGAUUGGUUCAUGCCUCAUACUGCAGCCAGAUUGAAGUUCCCAUACUAUUGGGAUAAAGAGUGUUUUCAAACAGAGAUCAAAGAUGAGCUUUAGCUCCUACAGAUAGAAGUUCCCCUACUAUUGGGAUAAAGAGUGUUUUCAAACAGAGACCGAAGAUGAGCUUUAGCUCCUACUGUUAAAUGUUCUUAACCUUACGUUACUUUAGCUUUCUCACUCUCCUCAACAAAGACAAGGAGACGUUUAGUGUAUAUGUUUCAUCCAUGCAAAUGUUUUAAAAUCAUAUCUGAUUAUGAUCCUCAUAGUACGAUGAGUGUAAAGGGAUUAAUUGAGUUUUAGUUUAUAGUAGAUAAUGUGGACUUUAGUAGU